UCGUACUUGAGAAAUUUAAGACUCCAAUCAGCAAUUUAAAUCCAUGACCUGUUUUUAUCAUUCAUUGAAGUGGAAUAAAUUAUGUCACUUAACAGAGGGCUUUCUUUAUGGACGCACUUUUCCAUAGCUUAAUAUAUUGAAAAUUCAUUGCAUAAUCCGUAAAUUAAAUAUCUAAGGCGGAAGUUAUUGGAGGUGUAAAUCUGGAACGAUUGUCCGAACAGUUGUAAAUGUUUUGGACACUGUGUACUUGAUUAAUCGAAAUCCGUAGGGAUCUCAAAUAACAGGGCUUUUCUUAUUCGUGAAAAGACACCACAAACGUGCACUUUGGACUGUCGUGAAGACGCACUGAUAGCAUUGGAAGACUAGAAAUGUCGACCACACGAAAGCUUGGAUAUUAUAUCUCAGCUGUGGUUGCUUUUCUUCUACUUGCUAGAUUGUGUUUUCCUUUAGUUGUUUUCCUUCAAGAGAACUUGUCCACUGGCAGUUUGUUAUGUGUACUUUGUUUAGGGUUGGCUUUCGUUUUCAUACCCGUGUCUUCAGGUACCGUCUCACCGCAGGACAAGGCUGUUAUAAUCACAGGUUGUGACAGUGGUUUCGGCCACAGUUUGGCUCUGAAUUUAGCCAAAAGAGGAUUCACUGUUUUUGCUGGUUGUUUGUUUUCGGAUCGUGAGGGUGCACGGAGUUUGAAAGAAAGUUCCAGUAACAUACAAGUAGUGCAACUGGACGUCACGGAUGAUUGGCAAGUGCAAAAAGCCGUGCAGACCGUCAAAGAAAAUCUCAACGGGAAAGUUUUAUGGUCAUUGGUCAACAACGCUGGAAUAGCAACAUUCCAAGAGAUAGAAUGGUGCUCUGUUAUGCAGUUUCAGCAAAUAAUGGAUGUCAACGUCAUUGGCGUUGUCCGGGUUACUAAAGCGUUUUUGCCGCUUCUUCGCGAUGGAGAGGGGCGAGUCAUUAACGUAGCUAGUCUGGCUGGUCGUCUAACUGUACCGGCUUUUGCUGCCUACUCAAUGUCAAAGAAGGCCUGCAUUGCCUUCUCAGAUGGAUUACGGCAAGAAAUGGCGAAGUUUGGUGUUAAGGUCAUCACUAUAGAACCGGGAUUGUACAGGACGCCCAUUGUCGAAUCGGAUUACCUUAUUAACGCCAACCGGAAGUCAUGGGCUGAAACUCCAUCCGAGGUCAAGGAGGUAUACGGAGAGGAAUACUUCGAUGCAUUCUGUAAAAGCAUUUCUACGCAUAUGAGUCGAGCACGUAGUAGUGUUGGGGAAGUCGUUCAACAAAUGGAGGAGGCCGUUACAUCAGCCAAUCCAAAACAUCGUUAUGUUCCUUAUUGGAUAUCAAACUUAAGGGCCAGUAUAUUGGGAAUUUUGUCUGACGAAACUAGGGACAAGUUCUUCCUGAAUGCAUAUAAACUGCCCACAAAACCGGCACAGACACCUAAAAGUUUAUCAAGGCAGAACUCGUCAUCACCCACACUUAAUCUACACCUGAAAAAUGUGUUCAGACAAAAUUCAGAGAAGUCCUGAAGACUUAAUCAACAAUGAUGUUUAAAGAUGUUCCGCAUUUUUAAACACUCUUUUUAUUACUUUAUUGAUAAGUUCCAAAUCAGGUGUUGUUUACAGUGAGACACGUAUAUCUCCGCGGUUGUGGCUAAGGUUUGAAGUCAACUUUAUUAGCUUAAUAAUGUUAGAAAACAGUAGUGUGCUAGAAAUAUUUCAAUGAAAUGUUUUUCAUUUUGUCAUACCCUGGUACUUUUUUAAUAUUUAAAGAUUUAUUGUAUGUUGUAAGUUCAUCUGAGUCAAGGGCACAAUGUUGUGUUGAAGCAAUUUUUAAAAUAGAACUAGCUAGGGCUGGACACAAUGCAUGUUGAUUGCUAGUACAUUGGUAUUGAAGUUAUUACAAUUUAUGUCAGAUGAUUCAGUUUUGAUUUUUUAAAAAUCCCUAAGGAUAGAUUUUAAAAAAAGAAUUAAAUGAAAUCAAUUUUUAAGGAAAAAUAAAUCUGCUGAGGAACAGUUGGACCAAAGUGGCUCAGGUGGGGUUAGAGGCCCAUUAGCCUCUUGUUUUAACUUUGUGUUUCCCAUUUUUUAUGAUUUUUGUUUCUCAUCUCUGAUAAUUGAUAUGUGGCUAGAAAUGUUAUCGUUAAAUGUGAUACAGUUGUUUCUCGAAUGCAAGUUUGCAAUAUAUACAUGUAAUAUAUACAUAUGUACUUGUAUUUGUAUAGAAUGUCAAACUUUAUUAAUUUUGUCGACUCGAUAUAUCCCCGUGAACUUGAAAUAAAAGAUACCACAAAGUCUGA